AUGGCGCCGACCGUAGACCCAGCGCUCAUCAAGGCGCUCGGUCUCGAUGCCGCGACGACGAAGAUAUCACCGCACGGAGGUUCUGGCUUCGCAUCCACAUUUCGGCUGACGGCCACUGUCAACGGAGAGGAAGUGGAUUAUUUCGUGAAGACGGGAAGCGGUAGUGAUUCAGAAGUAAUGUUCAGAGGCGAACACGCCUCCCUCAACGCAAUAAACUCCGUCGUCCCCAGCCUCUGCCCCAAAUCCCUCGCCCACGGGCCUCUCUCCAUCCCCAACCAGUUCUUCCUCGCCACCGAAUUCCUUGACUUCUCCCAUUCCUCCGGCGCCGGUUCUGGCCAAUCCCUAGCCCAGAAGCUCGCAAAGCUCCACACAACACCCGCGCCCAUCCCCACAGGACACACAACACCCGCCUUCGGCUUCCCCGUGCCCACGUGCUGCGGCGCGACGGUCCAAGAAAACAGCUGGCAGGAUUCCUGGGCGGCCUUCUUCGGGGAGAAUAGGCUCCGGGCUAUCUUGCUUGAGUGUAAGCGCAAGGGCGAGAGUGACGGGGCUCUAGAGGAUGUCGUGAAUAAUACCAUCGAGAACGUCGUGCCUAUGCUCCUGGGGGAGGACCGGCUCAAGGGCGUGGUGCCCGUUGUUGUUCAUGGGGAUCUAUGGUCUGGGAAUCAUGCGAGGGGACGGAUUGGGGGGAAGGGAGGGGUGGAGGAGGUGGUUUAUGAUCCGUCGUGCGUGUAUGGGCAUUCGGAGUAUGAGUUGGGGAUCGUGAAGAUGUUUGGGGGGUUUGGAUCCGGGUUUUGGAAGGAAUACGAGAGGUUGGUGCCGAAAGGUGAGCCGGUUGAGGAGUGGGAGGAUAGGCUGUUGCUGUAUGAACUGUGA